AUGUCGUAUGCUCAUUAUGUUAGAACAAUGGAUCCCCAGCAAGAUCGAUUGCACUUGGAUUUCAAACAUCCUCACAAUUGUUAUUCGACAGUCUGCACGUCUACCAUUAGAAAACCUUGUUCCGAAGUCUGCAGCAGAGGCGAUCCGCCGUUUCCAGACUCAUGCGUUCAAAUGGAGAGAAUCGCAAGUGCGCACACAUACGAAACAACGAGGCAUCGUGAAUCGGCGCCUGCAGUCUCAGUCGAGAGAAUGCAAAUUCGUCUGAAGCUCUUGGAGGAUAGCAAUGCAACGCUGCAUCUCAGAAAUCGAGAUCUCAUCACGGAAAACAGGAACUUGACGAAGCGGCUCGAAGAGGACUCAAUUACAGUGGAAAACCUACAAAAAAAUGUAUCAAUGUUACAAAAUGAACUCAGUAACGAGAGAAUCAAGCUAACUGACGCAGUAGCAAACCAAACGAAAAACGACAAAGUUUGCCUGGAAGACAAAUGUAUCUCAUCAACAAAUAUCGUUCCUAAGACCGAUCGCGGAUUACAAGUGUGGGAAGUCUGCAAAGACUGCCAUAGAGAAUUGGAAGGAUGCCAAAGGGCACCACCCACGGUCAAUAUCACGAAAUCGGAGUUCGAACUAUUAGAGAAAGAUAUGCAGACUUUGAGGGAUGCUGUGAUCGCCCGAGAGGAAGCCUGGGAUAAAGCGAUGGAGCGCGAACGAAAUUGCCGGCAGCAAUUAGCACGGCUGACCGCAGAAACAAUCACCGCGCGUCACUUAUGCGAAACUCGUCAGGAUGAACUUAGCACAGUUACUCAGACUUUAAUGAAAAAAGAGUCAGAGCUAAAGGUGAUACAGAAAGAAAUACUGUAUCUGAAUAAAUUAAUUGCAAAGUUGCAUCGGCAUCAGAAGGAACUCGAAGAAUAUACGAACGGUAAUGUAAGUUGUAGGAUUAGCGAAAAGGAUCAAAAAUACAUAGAAGAGAUUACACGGCGUGUACGAAACUUUAAAGACAAAUCCAAAACAAAAUCCAAGUGCACUUCGGACAAAUAUUCGCAUUCAAAUUUAAAUAGCCCAUGCGAAAGUAAAAAUGGAAAGGAUCAGGCAGGUUCCUCGGAGGAUCAUCAAAAUUAA